AUUGUGGUAUUGUUGCACCCUGUAUAGAGCUAUGUUUUAACGGAGCUGUAAAUCUGUGCAUGUUAUCUGUAGUGUGCACCCAAAACUGAAUGGGUGCCCUAUACCCUGAAUUGAUUACUCCACUGGUGGGUAUGGCCUACUGUGCUGUCACGUGAAUUUAUGGGUCCAAUCCAUGGUCAUCAUUAUCUCCAUUCACAAUUAUACGUGUGAUUCAUUACAUUAAGCCCAUGCCAGCUACACAGGCAUCGUCAGGGUCGGGAUGGAACCCAAGACCUCCUGCAUACCAGACGAGGUAGUUAACAUCUCUUAGUCACCGCGGCGCCCCUUCCGCCCAGCAUCCACCUAAACCUCCCACCCUGCCUCCUCACUCGCAAUUCCCUCACCCACCCCCCUUCCGUCCCCCCUCCAUAGACUACGUGCUCUACCGCCACUGCCGCCUCUUCCCGAUGCUGCACAACUUCCCAGGGGUGUGUGGCGGCGGAGGCGAUGACAGAGACGGUGGUGGUGGUGGCGACGGUAACAACAGCGGCGGAGACGCGGACCAGCAGCAGCCAAAGUCGCAGCGUCCAUUCCUGCUGCUCGUCAUCAAGAGCAGCCCCUCGAACUUUGACCGGCGCGACGCCAUCCGCCGCACGUGGGGUCGCAACGGCGUGGCAACGACGACGGCGGGCGACGGGCGGCCCCUUGUCGUGCACACGCUCUUCCUGCUGGGCGUGCGGCCACCCUCGCCGCCUUCCCCCUCCGACAGCCGCGACGACGACCGUGGCAAGCGUGCGCACGUCCAGAGGAUGGUGGACCUGGAGGCGCGCCUCUACGGCGACCUGCUCCAGUGGGACUUCCACGACUCCUUCUACAACCUCACGCUCAAGGACAUCAACUUCCUGCGCUGGUUCGAGGCCUACUGCCCGGCCGUCGCCUACGUCUACAAGGGGGACGACGACGUCUUCGUUAACGUGGAGAACCUCCUGGUGUACCUCGCCACGUUCAGCCGCGACGGCUCCGCGCCCCUCUUCGUCGGGCGCACGCAGCAGCAGGCGCCGCCGAUACGCAGCGUCGAGAGCAAGUACUUCAUGCCGCGUGAGAUGUACCGCCGGUGGACGUACCCGGAUUACGCGAGCGGCGGCGGCUUCGUGAUGUCGCGGGCAGCCGCCGUGAGGAUCCACGAGGUGUCACGCGACAUCAAGCCGUUCCCCAUCGACGACGUGUGGAUCGGGAUGUGCCUGGAGAAGGCCGGCCUCGCCGUCACGCAGCACGAGGGCUUCCGCACCUUCGGCCUCGAGGCGGAAAACCUGGAGGAGGGGGUGGAGAAGAAGAGCCCCCUAUGCAUCUACAGGUCCUCCAUGAUAUUCCACAGGUUCCUACCCCAGGAAAUGCUGGACAUGUGGGUGGACUUCAAGAAUGCUUCCAUACAGUGUUAGCUGUGGCAAGUGACGACGGUUUUCUCGCGGGCGCCCUCCACUAAAUUUCGGUGUGGACAGAAAUCCCUCGCCAGCCGUGCUUUUUUUCUUUCUUUUCGAUGCAUCCGCGGUAUUUAUGUAUCCACGGUUUUCCUUCGGCGUGCCGGUUUGGAAUUUUGUGUAUCCGCGAAUUAGCACGGGCAAACCCAGCGCUUGUAAUUUCAAAUCCACCCGCAAACUGCGUUCCAUCCAUGCAUCAUCAUCUCAUCUCCCAUCUGUGUUCCAUCCAUGCAUCAUCUCAUCUCCCAUCUGCCUUUCCUCCAUGCAUCAUCGUCUCAUCUCCCAUCUGCGUUCCUUCUCUGCAUUGCCGUUUCGUCUCCCAGCUUCCACCACCGCUCUUUUCCCACCGCCAGGUAGAGGUCGUGGGUGGGCAAAGCCACCCUCUUCUUCCUUCUCACAACCACCUCUCCCAUCACCUCAUCAACGUCAUCAUCAUCACCAUGGAUUUCAACCCUCAGUAUUAAAGGUAGGUAACAUUAUUUUUAUUGUUUCCUUAAUUAUGUUCUUUGAACGUUCAUUGUUUUUAUUUUAUAACGUUGUGUAUUUUAUUUGUGUUUAAGUGAGGAAAGGACAACCUGGUUAGGCUUUGACGAGCAUGACCAUGGCUACCAUGACCCCAAAUAUAUCUGACAAGGCCUCGGUUUUGCCAACUACGGCAGUUUUUUAAGGGAUGUAACCCCCACGGUUGGUGAGGGAUUGCUGUAUUUAUACAAGGACUCCUCUAUUUACGAAUGAGUUAGGUUCCACAGGUCUGUUCGUAAGUCUAACUUUCCUCCUGUCGAUUUCAAACAUUAUUGGUUCUUUCGGUAAAGUCACGUAGAAGGGAAACAAUAAAAUAAUAAAAAUAUAAAACAAUCAAAUUAUCACGACGUUUCGACCGUAACACAAGC